GCACAUCUCACUUGUUCAUUCUAUCAUCAACCAAUAAUUUCCAAUGUAUUUGGGCCAAACCGUGUCUCUGAAUGUCUGUUGUCCUCAUAUAUUCCACAUGGUCCUGUUGGGAACUACUUAGGCUAGUAUCACACACACACACAUAUAUAUAACAAACCCCAUGGCUAAUAGCAUUAUAGCUAAGUUCAUCAAUAGAAAUUUAAGCCAUUCAAAUUUGAAUCAACCAUGCAAAACACAAGUUACAGUUCACUGUUAGUGGCUGUUAUCUUCAGUACCUUCUUUUAUGUCUUUUUCCUACAAGGUGUUAUCGCUAACACUAUGGCAGCUUCUAAUUCCUCAUCCACAAAUGAGGAACAAGAGGCUUUGCUUCAGAGCAAAUGGGGAGGUCAAAAUAUCUCAAAUUAUUGUAAAUGGAAUGGUAUUGUGUGUAAUGAAGCUCAAAGUGUUACAGAGAUUUCAACUACGAAAUAUUUUUACAUUCCUCCAACAGAAGCUCAUAUUCAGAAUUUCAAUGUGACUGCAUUCCCUAAUUUAAUCCAUCUAGACCUUAGUCGAUUGGGACUCAAAGGAAAAAUCCCCACUGAAAUAAGCUUUCUUAAAAAGCUUAUCUAUCUUGAUCUAUCCUCUAGUUGUCUUCAAGGUGAGUUGCCUAGUUCUCUUUCUAGUCUCACUCAACUCGAGACACUUAAUAUUUCUAACAAUUUUCUUACUGGUGUGAUCCCUCCUACUUUGGGUCAAUUGAAGAACUUGACCCUACUUUCCCUUGACUCAAACCAAUUUGAAGGCCACAUUCCAGAAGAACUAGGGAAUUUAAGAGGGUUGAAGCAGUUAACUCUUUCAAAUAACUCCCUCAAUGGCUCAAUCCCUUCUACUUUAGAGCACUUGAUCCAUCUCAAAGUUUUGGAUCUUUCUUAUAAUAAGAUUUUUGGUGUUAUACCAGAGGGGAUAUCUGCACUGACACAACUAACAAAUGUUCAACUAUCUUGGAAUCAAAUAUCUGGUUUCAUUCCAUCUGGGAUUGGACGAAUCCCAGGACUUGGAAUUUUAGAUAUUUCCAACAAUCAGCUUGAGGGACCUAUUCCAUAUGGUGUUCUGAACCAUUGUAGUUAUGUGCAGCUAAGCAACAACUCUUUAAAUGGAAGCAUUCCUCCUCAAAUAGGAAAUAUUUCAUAUCUAGAUCUUAGUUAUAAUGAUCUCACAGGAAACAUACCUGAGGGACUCCAUUCUGUGCCUUACCUUAAUUUGUCUUACAAUUCCUUCAAUGAUUCAGAUAACAGUUUUUGUGGUUUUCCAAAAGACUCAUUAAUUGGUAAUAAGGAUUUCCAAUAUUCAUGCUCUUCUCAGUCUUCUGGAGCUGACAUUUCUUUAGUAAUGAUAAUUGUCUUUUCUACCUUCAAUGGAAUGGUUGUUUCAAUAGUCCUUGUAUGUUGGGGCAUUCAUGCUUUCUGUCCCCCCCAUAAUGAGUUUGGAAGUGAGGAAAGAAGAAAGAAUGGAGACAUGCUUUCAAUUUGGAACUAUGAUGGUAAGAUAGCAUUUGAAGACAUAAUUAAGGCCACAGAAGACUUUGAUAUAAGAUAUUGCAUAGGAACAGGUGCUUAUGGGACUGUGUACAAAGCACAGCUUCCCAGUAACAGAAUUGUUGCACUGAAAAAGCUUCACAAAGCAGAAUCUGAAAAUCCAUCUUUUUACAAGAGCUUUUGCAAUGAGACCAAGAUCUUGACAGAAACUCGCCAUCGUAACAUCAUUAGGCUUUAUGGCUUUUGUUUGCAUAACAAGUGUAUGUUUUUGGUGUAUGAGUAUAUGGAAAGGGGAAGCUUAUUUUAUAACUUGUCUAUUGAUGUGGAAGCUCAAGAGUUGAAUUGGAGCAAGAGGAUAAAUAUUGUAAAAGGGGUAGCCUAUGGCUUGGCUCACAUGCACCAUGAUUGUACUCCACCCAUUGUUCAUCGAGACAUAAGCAGUAACAAUAUUUUGUUGAACUCGGAGUUACAAGCUUUUGUCUCGGACUUCGGCACAGCAAGACUUCUUGAUUGCCAUUCAUCAAAUCAAACUCUUCCAGCUGGUACUUAUGGAUAUGUUGCUCCAGAAUUGGCUUACACCUUGACUGUGACUACAAAAUGUGAUGUUUAUAGCUUUGGAGUGGUGGUUUUGGAAACAAUGAUGGGUAGACAUCCAGCUGAAUUGAUUUCUUCUUUAUCAGAACCAUCCAUUCAAAACAAGAAGCUGAAAGAUAUAUUGGACUUGCGAAUUCCUCUACCAUUUUUUCGAAAAGAUAUGCAAGAAAUUGUGCUUAUUGUAACAUUAGCAUUGGCAUGCUUGAGCCCCCACCCAAAAUCCAGACCAUCAAUGCAGGAAAUAGCUAGUGAGCUUUUAGUUUCCAAGCCACCAUUGCUUUGGCAUUUUGAUGGCAUUUCCAUCCACCAACUGAUGAAGCAAAAAAUAUAUAUAAUUGGUAGAAGCUAGGAUAGUUGUGAUGAUAAUUUAAGAUGUGAUUGUAUUCUGUUACAUAUGAAUUUUACCCUUUUUUUUCAACUUAUAAGAACAUUUCUUUCCUUUUUUUUUUUGUUUAUUAUCAAAAGUUUAGAGUUGAGGGAAGGUUGUUCCCAUUCUAAAGUCAGGAAGACAUUAAUCUUAACAAGAGUAAGCAUUUGAUAAUAGAUUACACAUUUACACAUCAAUGAGGAAUACAUGAUUUGGAUUUAAAUUAUGUAGUUGUCAUGAGCAAAUAAGCAAAGGAU